AGCUGUGAGGUUUCGGACAUUGUUUGUAGUAUCUAUUUUGCCAUCCAACUUUCCACGAUCCACAAAACCACAAACUCUUUAUUAUAUAUAGAAGCCAAAGGUUUGCCAACUUUCCAAACACGAAGGCAGCAGAAACACACCAUUGCAAGCAACCCUGGCUAGUAUAGCAACCAUGUGUCACCUGCUGGAUUUGGCACACCAACUCUCGCACCCGACCUCCUCUUCUCCCUUAGUCGUCGUUCUAGCAAAAUGGCUACUAUUGCUCGUCGUUCCUCUCCUGCUCCUGCUGCACUACUACACCUCCCGGCGGUCAAGCCGCCGUCAUGGCAGCGAUGACGACAAGCAGCUGCUUCCGCCGUCGCCUCCCGGGCUGCCAAUCAUCGGCCACCUUCACCUCGUCGGAGAACUCCCUCACGUCUCCCUCCGCGACCUCGCCACAAAGCAUGCCGGCGGCGGCCUGAUGCUCCUCCGCCUUGGCUCUGUCCCCACCCUCGUCGUGACAUCUCCGCCGGCUGCGGAGGCGAUCAUGCGCACGCACGACCACGUGUUUGCGUCGCGGCCCACGUCCACUGUCAGCGACGACCUCCUGUACGGGUCCUCUGACAUCGCCUUCUCCCCCUACGGCGAGCACUGGCGGCAGGCCAGAAAGCUUGUCACCACGCACCUCUUGACCGUCAAGAAGGUGAACUCAUAUUGCCGUUCCCGCAAAGAAGAGGUGAGCUUGGUGAUGGACAAGAUAAGAGAGGCAGCGACCGCGGGCACGGCCGUGGACAUGAGCACGAUGAUGAACACGUUCGCCAACGACAUCGUGAGCCGCGCCGUGUCGGGCAAGUUCUUCCGAGCAGAAGGCCGGAACAAGCUCUUCCGAGAGCUGGUGGAGGCCAACACUUCUUUGUUUGGAGGGUUCAACCUAGAAGACUACUUCCCAGUGCUGGCGAGGUCGUUAGGUUUCCUUAGCAGAAGGUUUCUGCUCAACAGGGCACAGGAGACGCACAAGAGAUGGGACGAGCUGCUUGAAACCAUACUGAGCGACCACGAGAGAAGAAACUCCUCUCUGCGUCGCCAUGACGGAGGUGACUUCACUGAUCUGUUGCUCUCGGUCCAGAAAGAGUAUGGUAUGACUAGAAAUCAUGUCAAAGCCAUCCUGAUGGACAUGUUUGCUGCAGGCACAGACACGUCAUCCUUGGUCCUGGAGUUCGCCAUGGCUGAGCUGAUGCGCAACCCACAGCAGAUGGCCAAGCUACAAGGAGAAGUCCGGAAGCACACACCAGAGGGGCAGAAAAUGGUGGAGGAAGAGGACCUAGCCAGCAUGCCCUACCUGAGAGCUGUCGUGAAGGAGACGCUGAGGUUGCGCGCUCCUGUCCCGCUGCUCGUCCCUCACCUCUCCAUGGCGGACUGCAUCGUCAAUGGCUACCAUGUCCCCUCUGGCACUCGGGUCAUUGUCAACGCAUGGGCGCUUGGCAGAGACCCAGAGUCAUGGGAGAAGCCGGAGGAGUUCAUGCCGGAGAGGUUCGUCGACGGUGGCAGCGCUGCUGCCGGCGUCGACUUCAAAGGGAACCACUUCCAGUUCCUGCCGUUUGGAGCUGGACGAAGGAUCUGCCCUGGCCUCAACUUUGGGAUUGCUACUGUUGAGAUCAUGCUGGCAAACCUCAUGUACUGCUUUGACUGGCAGCUCCCCAUGGGCAUGGAGGAGAAGGAUGUUGACAUGACAGAGGUGUUUGGAAUCACGGUGCAUCUUAAGGAGAGGCUCAUGCUUGUUCCCAGCCUUCCUUGUGCUGAUGCACCUGGAACUGGUCGUCAGUCGUCACUGCUCCAUGCAAGCUCGUCGCGCACAAAUGAUUUGGAGUAAAGAUCGAACUGCAGACGUUGUAGUGCACGAGCACAAUGCACACAGAUGAAGUGAACUAGCUAGCUAGCUAGAAUCUAUAUAUGGAUGGUUUGGUGCUUGGACUCAAUGUAUAUUGUAUAUGGUAAUAGUAGUGUAAUGGUAACUCUAUCUGGAAUCUGAUAAAAAUAAGUACACUGGUAUUUUGAAGGGAAAAAAAAUCUCUUUGUUGUAGAGAUUUCAUCUAAUGUUUUUGUGGAGCUGCCGGCAAGAGCUUUCCGGAGCAUUGUUCA